AUGUACACAACUUUCUGGCUGGCAGUUGGACUCUCUGUGUUUCAGGUUAUUUUGGGUCUGGUAUUUCUUAUUUGGUUUGUCAUCACUUUGCUGGUACCAGUCAAAUCAGCAAGUGGCCAGCAACGUCUGAGUUGGCCGCCUAAUACGAGCGGUGGAACUCCUCGAACGGUUGUGGAAGCUCUGGGUGAACCACGCGGAGCUGCAUCGCAUGCAACCCGUGCACGGCAGGCUUACUCCAUGUCACCUCGAACUCACUCUGCCAGUCUGUCCUCCCUUCGGUCCCGAUCGCGUUGCUCAUGUCAUCCUAAAGUUGGAUGGCUUUGUCUGGCCGGAAUUUUUCUCGCUCUCCUCUCAGCUGGUUUGACUCUGAGCUUGGUGAUUGUUGUGAACUAUGUCAAAUAUCUGGAUACGUCAUUUAUCCCUGAAUUCACAAACGUGUUUAUUGAAGCCCACGUUGAUUUCAAUUCUCAAACCUCGGACUCACCAAAACACUCACUAGUUUGUUGGAAUAUUGUCCAAUCGCACUACAGAUGUUGCGGUUUGACUAAUUAUACGGAUUGGUUCUCCGGUAGUAGUAAUCUCACAAGUCCAGGGCAAACUCAGUUACUUUUGCCCGACUCCUGUUACUGUAAAAGCGAGUGCGAUUAUCACAAAGUGAAACCAAUUGGUGAUGGCACCCAUUUGGUUUAUACGGUAGGCUGCAAUCCUCGAGUUCAUGAAGCAUUCCAUUUCAAAUUACACUCAUCAUUGUUGUACUUUGCACUAACUCUCGGAUUGCUGCUGACAGCUUUUCUAGUCGACUUGGUCUAUACCCUAUAUACGGCCUAUGUAACCUUGUCCUUAACGCAUCGUGUUCGCGGCGCUGAUGAUGUUUCUGCUGCGGUCUUUGACCUGCAACCACUCCCUUCUUCUUCUUCACUUGAACCGACAUCUCAUUCGGCCAAUGUAUCGAUAGUUAACGGUAAUACAGGUCGGGAAUUCUGA